GCUGCGCGCGCACGCACGGCCGCUCGUCGCUUCCGGCCGCGGCGGCCUCCGCGCCGGCCUGACGGGACCCCAGCCCCGGCCUCCCGAGCGGCAUGAGGUGCUGAGGGGCGGCGGCGCCAUGAACCUCCUGCCGUGCAACCCCCACGGCAACGGGCUGCUCUACGCCGGCUUCAACCAGGACCACGGAUGUUUUGCCUGUGGGAUGGAAAAUGGAUUCCGAGUCUAUAACACUGAUCCACUAAAAGAAAAAGAGAAACAAGAAUUUCUAGAAGGAGGAGUUGGCCAUGUUGAAAUGUUAUUUCGCUGCAACUAUUUAGCUUUAGUUGGUGGUGGGAAAAAGCCGAAAUACCCUCCCAACAAAGUGAUGAUCUGGGAUGACCUGAAAAAGAAGACGGUUAUUGAAAUAGAAUUUUCUACAGAAGUCAAGGCAGUCAAAUUGCGGCGAGAUAGAAUUGUGGUGGUUUUGGACUCCAUGAUUAAGGUGUUUACAUUCACACACAAUCCCCAUCAGUUGCACGUCUUUGAAACCUGCUAUAAUCCUAAAGGCCUCUGUGUCCUGUGCCCCAAUAGUAACAACUCCCUCCUGGCCUUCCCGGGCACACAUACGGGCCAUGUGCAGCUUGUGGACCUGGCCAGCACUGAGAAGCCACCCGUGGACAUUCCUGCCCACGAGGGCGUCCUGAGCUGCAUUGCUCUCAACCUGCAGGGAACAAGAAUUGCAACGGCAUCUGAAAAAGGGACCCUUAUAAGAAUAUUUGAUACUUCAUCAGGGCAUUUAAUCCAGGAACUACGAAGAGGAUCUCAAGCAGCUAAUAUUUAUUGCAUUAACUUCAAUCAGGACGCUUCCCUCAUCUGCGUGUCCAGUGACCAUGGCACAGUGCACAUUUUUGCUGCCGAAGAUCCAAAAAGGAAUAAACAGUCUAGUUUGGCAUCAGCCAGCUUCCUUCCAAAAUACUUCAGUUCCAAGUGGAGUUUUUCCAAGUUUCAGGUUCCCUCAGGCUCUCCAUGCAUUUGUGCCUUUGGAACGGAGCCAAAUGCUGUCAUUGCGAUUUGUGCAGAUGGCAGCUACUACAAAUUCCUCUUCAACCCCAAGGGGGAAUGCAUCCGGGACGUCUAUGCGCAGUUUCUAGAAAUGACCGACGACAAGCUGUGACUCUUCACCAGGAGUGCAAUCAACACCCACGGCCGAUCACCCCCAAAAGCGCUGAGUGUGCCCCUCAACUUCCUGGGGCUGGUGCCGGCGCCCUUCGGCCUUGUGGGUAACAGGCUGGAGGGACUGUCUAGGGGACCUUGGUCUCAAAGCCAUAUGUGGUUGUCUGUUUUCCUAAGCAAGGCUUCCCAUUUCCAGUACUAAAGAAGCAUACUCAUCAGGGCACUACAGACACUUGAGUGGCUCUGAGCAGCUCGUGCCCGACUGCUGGCUUGUUACCUUUAGUUCAACCGUGACGCCAGCGUUAGUGGUUCCACCGCAUCCUCGCACCUACAGUUGAGGGCUCCAUACAAACUUAGGGACUGGGUUAAGAAAAGGAUGGAUAAAUUGAAAUUUGGUUUUGGCAGCAGAGUCCAUCAUUUUUACUGAGUCUAUAAUGGGGAAAUGAAUAAAUCUGUAAAUGUUAGUUCUUACAUUAUAACCAGAUUUAAAUAGAAUAAUACCAGCAGCUGGCCUUAGAAAAUGAGAAAGGAAUUCCUUCUCCCAUCUGAACCUGAAGGAAAAAGACAGCGUAUUACAGAACACAGGGUGGGUGUUUCCCAUGUGACCCCCGUGUCGUGGUCGUCUCUGUGCCUGUGGUAAACCUGUGGUUUGGUUGUGUGUGCACAUGUCUUUGUGUUGGAGCUGUUGGAUUUGAGGCUGAUGCCAGGCCACCCAGUGAGCAGAGCGCUCUGGGCGUCGCCUGUGGUCUCCUGGUGAAACUCCGGUUAAAAGCUUCCCUGUUACACGUAGGGAACAGAGUAACACGCAAACUUUGAAAACCUCGUCAUAGAAGAAAGCGUCACUUAGCUUACAGGAUGUGAAGGGAAGCGUCCGCCGUCCCUCCAGAGCAGCACCUGGUUUCUCGGCGGGAGCGGGCACCUGCCGCUCCACCUGCCAUCUCUCCGUCUUUUUCUCUCCCCAGCAUUUCUAAGAAUAGCUGCACACUAACAUUUUGAGAAUGAAAGGCACAUCACGGUUUUUAAGAUUUGGUAACUGAAAUAGGUUAUGGGCUCUCUAUUCUUAGUACUACUUGAGUUUAUAUUUAAUUUUCUUAAACUACCUUUAAAGAAAUUUAAUUUUAUGGUUUUGAUUUUAGGUUGCAAACAUUUAAAAUCUGCAGCAGCAAGUUCUCCAUUUUGCCAGUUCUUUUACUGUCAUGUAAUCAACUAACUUUGUAUGUGGAUUUCGAUGUAAAGUAUGCAUGUUACUUUUAUGUGUAUUUAAUCAUGAAAUUUAAUUUUGCACAUUUAUUUGUAAUGUUUCUUUUAAAUAAAAGUGACUAAUUUUGUUGUACUCUGCA